UGAGGAAAAGACUACACAAUCGCAGGCAGAGGCAGCAGCAGCAGUGGCAGUGGAGCCAGGAUCGCACACUUUUUCUGUCAUUUUAACUUAGCGUUUUCUGAGCCUCUAAGUGAAAUGAGCCAAGAGCUAACAGCUGAGGAGAAAGUCCUGAAAUGGAGAGAGAGGAGCAUGGCCCUGGCGCAGAGCCUGACGGACGAGGAGAAAGUCUUCAGGCACAGGGGGAUCCUGUACCCCACCAUCAUGAGCCCCCCGGAGAACCUGGAGGCGCUCGGGACCCUGGAGGCGAGGCAGGAGGACGUGGUGCUGGUGGCCUAUCCAAAGUGCGGAUUUAACUGGUCGGUGAGUGUUUUACGUAAGAUCAUCACUACAUCUACAGGAAAGAAGUUCAUAGACGGCCCUCCUCACAUUGAGUUCCUGACUCCGGAAAUGCAAACGGCCUUGGCAAAAGAGGCGUCUCCAAGACUCAUGGCAACUCAUCUGCAUCCUGAUGAGAUGCAUCCUUCUUUUAAGGAAAAGAAGGCAAAGAUUCUGGUGGUGUGGAGGAACCCCAAGGACACACUCGUCUCUUUCUAUCACUUCAUGAACAAGAACCCUGUGCUGCCCAACGUCGAGUGGGACAAGUUCUUCACAGACUUCAUGAAAGGAGAAGUGAUCUAUGGUUCAUACUUUGACCAUGUUGAAGCCUGGGAGAAGCUCUUCAAUGACCCGAAUGUGAAGAUGAUCACAUAUGAACACCUGAAAGAGGACCUGAGUGGAGGCAUCAAGGAGAUCUCUCAGUUCUUUGGCUUCCCCCUGACUGAGGAGCAGGUCCAGACCAUCUCAGCUCAGAGCACCUUUACUGCCAUGAAGGAGGAUGCCAUCAACACCCAUGGCAAAUUCAGCAACGUGUUAUUCCGUAAAGGUGAGGUGGGUGACUGGAAGAACCACUUCAGUGAGGCCCAGAGCCAGCAGAUGGACGAGGAGUUCAACAAGAGACUAGCAGGAACCAAACUGGGAGCCAAACUCAAAUACGACACCUACUGCAAGUAGGGAGAAGUUGGAUGGAUGUGUUAACAGCAGACAUUUGGAUAGUAUUUCUGUUAAUGAUGAGUGCCUGUCAGACUAUGUAUCAGCAAUAUGAAUCUAUAUUUUUGUUUUCAAAGGUAGUUAAAGGAGGACCACUCUCCAAAAAUCUUUCAUUUAUAUUUAUCUUUUAUAUUUCUAUAAGUAUAUUAAAGAAAAGAAAAAAAUAUAUUUGCAGACUAUUUGCAGACUUCCUUUCACUUGAUUAGAUAUCCAGUCUAUGCACCCAAACAGACGUUAUCUAUGGGAAGAGCAGGUAUCAGCAAAUAAAUGUACUUGAACUCUUAAAGAGUUGGAGUUAAACUAAAGUCCAAUGUCUACAGCAUGUAGGACGCUGCAACAGAACUAUUCCUGUAAUAACUGUUUUAGCUAAAAGUUAACCACUGCUGUCAAACCCAAACAAACGUGAAGAAAUAAAGCUUUCAUUUGACUAAUAA